CAAAAAAUAUGUUUUCUGAUUCCUCUCUUUUUUUUCCGAAGUUGAGAGGAGCAGCAGGAGCAGGCAGAGCUGGUUCAAGAUGGCGGCUAGCGGCUUGGUCGAUAUGACCGAUGCCGCUGCAAUUGAAAAAGCAAUAAAUUUGAAAGUUCCCCUUGUGCGAUUGAUACCGAUGAAGGCGAUUUUUCCUCAAACUCUGGAGAAGAACGGUGUGAGAAAUGGAUCAGAUAUUGCGAAGUGCUUAGAAAAAUUAAAUAGCCUAAUCCCUCCAAAAGACAAGACCAAUACACUAGUAAAAACAAACUCUCACGCUAAAAAUAAUGGAUAUUUUGGAAGAGAAUCUUUCAAUAGUCGGCUCGGACGAUCGCCAAGCACCGACAGCAUUGUAGUGAGCAACUUCGGCAGCGACCAAGGUAGUGUUGAUUCUUGUCAUUAUAGCAGCAAUGGAAGUGAUAGUAACAGUGUAUCUUCUCCAAGUUCUCCAGAGGAGCCAGACUUGUGUUCUAGAGCAGGAUCCCCCCAUUCUAUGCCUCCAUCUUCACCAGAUCUUAAUUUUAAUGAUCAAAAUGAUGAUGCAGUUAAUCAGAUGGACUUUGAGGACAAAUCUACUGUACAAAAAAUUUGUCCUUUGUCGGGAACUACAGACUGUAGUACAUGUGGAAAUUGUUGUGAGACUGUUUCUUUCUCCAACAAAAUUCCUCAAUCUCUGUUCUCUAAAGAAUGUGACUUUGGAACUUCGCAAAUAACAAAACCAAAGGAAAACUACCUCUACCAAAGUAAAAACUUUGUGCCAAACUCCAAAUGUGAAUCAUUCCAAAAUUCAGUGACUCAUUGCAAUGUAAAAAGUGAUAAAAUUGAAGAGUGUACACUUUCUACCAUUAAAUGUGAUGUUAAAAACUAUAAAUUUAAUUCUGGGUCCUCACAACAAAUAGCUGUACAACCCGAAUUUGUAUCAUGUAAUGGCACAAAUCAAUCCAAUUGUUCCUCAACUGAACUACAUUGCAAUUGGAUGCAAUGCCAAGCAUAUGUAGAUGGUAAUGCUGAACUAGUCGAACAUAUAAGGAAUCAACAUGUACAAGUACAAAUGGACAAAGAAAAUUUUGUCUGCCUUUGGGUUGGAUGCAAAGUUUAUAACAAACCAUCCUGUUCUUUGAGUUGGCUGGAGCGACAUAUUCUGCAACACGGUGGGAACAAGCCUUUUAAGUGUAUAGUCGACAACUGUAACCAGUACUUCCCUACCCAAGCAGCAUUACAACGACAUGUAAACUCCCAUUUUGACAACAGUGGCCACAGCAAUGGAUCUCGUAAUGGAAGAUGUCGAGAUGAAAUGGGAUUCAAGAGCUUUAAAAGAAAAAAACACCUCAAGUACAAACGGAAACAUGUUAACGCUAAAACCGAAGAUUUUUUUGAUGCUAACAUCAUGGAGCAAAUCAGGUACAAGCUAAUAGACAUUCAUUCUGAUCAACUUUCACCAAGUACAAAUGAUCUUAGAACCGCAACUUUUUAUAGCAAGGUCAAAGCAAUAAGAACAGAAAAAUCUGGAAACAUAAAAGUUUUAUUACACUGGAUACCUGAAAAUAUCUUACCAGAUUUGUGGGUAUCUGAAAAAUCUGCCAUCAAGUACAAAAGAAUUUCCUAUGCAUCACUGCCACCAGAUAUCCGCACAUCAUUAGACUCACUGCCAACUAAUGGUGCAACAAGCAAUGAACCUCCACGGGUAAAGCACCGCCGAAAGUGAUCUUUUUCUCAUUUUCUAUUCAGCGAGAGAAAAAACAUGUUCCUGCAAGUGCCAUGCAUUGAAAACUUACAUUCACUGUGCUUAUACAAAAACUAUAUUUUAGUGUGUUUUUAUCCCAAAUUAGUAAAAUUAAAUUUCACACUUUCAUCUGAUAAGCAAUUAAAUAAAAGGAAGGCACACAAUAAUAAGAUUGGCUGCUAAGUGAAUAUUUUUAGGGGAGAUAAUAAUCAGUGCCUUUGUGUCUUUUUCAUUGAAAGAAUUGUUCUCUCUCCACAAGAAGAAAAAAGAUACACAUUUGUUAUUUUUCAUGCUGUGAAGAUUUCUUGCAUUUAAUCUGGUAACAAUAAUAUACAUUAUUUAAGAUUCUGCAGUUGGGUCUUUAUAAAACAGUGUGCAAUUUUAAAAAAUUUAGUUUUCAGCACCAACUCAAUGCACUUUUUUUCAUAUUAACUUUCUCGUUGGGAAAUUUUUCUUUAAAACUUUUUAAA